UCAAGACGCGGUACACUGUUGCAGAUCGACAUCACGCGUACGGGCUUUCUCCCCUCCUCGUUGCAGUCAUCCUGACGCCGGGUUGAUGUGAGCCUUGCGUCCAUAUAAAGCGGAGGGGAUCGUUGUGAUCUUCACUGGAUCAGACACCUUACCUCACGUUGCGCCAUGACCACCACCAUAUCAACUGCGUCGGGGCUCCAUGGUAAGGUCGUUAUCGUCACUGGGUCAUCAAGAGGCAUUGGGGAGGAGAUCGCAUACGAAUUCGGCAAGCAUGGCGCCAAGAUCAUGAUCACAUACGUCUCUGAGACCAGCACGACCCGCGCCCAUAGCCUCGCUACUCGCAUAAACGAACUUAACAAUGGCGCCCAAGCAGUCGCCGUCCGCGCCGACCUCCGCGAUCCUGAGGCCCCCGCCGAACUCGUCAAAGCUACGCUCGCGGCCUUCAACACCGACGCUAUCGACGUGCUCGUUAACAAUGCUGGGACCGAGCUUGUACGGCCGAUUUCGGAGACAACUAUCGCAGACUACGAGAAUGUCUUCGACAUCAACGUCCGCGCGGUAAUCCUUCUGACGAAGGCCGUCGUCCCCGUCCUGCGCGCUCCGGGGCGCAUCAUCAACAUCUCGUCCAUGGCCGCGAGGCGCGGGGCCGCGUACUACGGCCUCUACGCUGCGAGCAAGGCCGCGCUGGAGGGCUUCUCUCGCGCCUGCGCGGCUGAGCUAGGCGCGUUGGGGCACUCGGUGAACGUCGUCUCGCCGGGACCGAUCGUGGGCACCGAGAUGUUCGAGAUGAUACCGGAUGCUUAUGUGGAGGAGCAGAAGCGGCGUACGGCGAUGCAGCAAAGGCUCGGGACGAUGGGGGAUGUUGCGCCAAUCGUGGUGUGGCUGGCCGGCGAAAGUGCGAGGUGGGUUACAGCGCAGACGAUUUCUGCAACCGGUGGUGCAGAGAUGUAUUAAACUCAGAUACAUGCGCAAUAUCUAUGUGGAGCUUUAUACGGC